AUGUCGUCCGCAACAACUCUUUCGCGACCGACAACGUCCGUCAUCGACCCAGAGAAGUGGCAGGUGAUAUCACGUGCAGCGGAUUCGAUCAAGAUCGCAUCCCACCGAAUCCUCCUCGUCUCCUUGGCUGCGGGCUUCCUCACCUCACUGCCGCAUAAUUAUAUUCACCCACAAAUUCUUGAGCCGCCCAACCUCUUUGUCCAUGCCGCAAACUACGCUGUUCCGAGCCUCGCCCUCUCCGAAAAGGGCGACCCACCACCUGAGAGACGACUGCUUUUCUGUGUUUCUGCGUUCUCCCAUGUCUUACUUGGCGCCCAUCAGGACCCCCGGACUCUUCCUCUUUUCAUACUCCAGAUUCUCGUAGAACAACCCCCAUUUUUCCUCUUCGUCUUCGGUUUGGGCUUCAAGAUACCGACAAUGACCAUCUCUCGUCUCUCCUCGACCGACAUCGUGAUUCUGAAUUACUUCCCUCUGGUCUUACACUCUUUCGCGCAGCUUAUUCUUGAGGACUCCCAAACCCUCCAUUCUUGUUCCUCUUCCCAUCGGAGCCCUACCCGUGGCCCAGACAAUAACUCACGGAAGCCGGGCAUACUUGGGGUUGACUCGCAGUCCGCUGCCUCCUCCCCUUUCAAACGCGCCCUCUGCUCAUUCGUCAUGUCACGCAUUAGAACGUCCUCCCAAACCUCCCCAGUGGCCUCCUCCUCUGGCGGUAGCAGCAGCAUCAACAGACAGCUCGGGCGGUACGCUGUCGCUGCAUACGUCGCAACCCAGAACCCUGCGGAACGCUUCGCAGUCACUGGUCAACCCACGAGGUCGUCGGGCUCUAUAGAGAGGCAGUUGUCUGCUUGGGACCGUGCUUGGAGCCAAGCUAGCAGCGGUCGUCGUUAGGCUGGCGUCUUGCAUUGGCUCUUCUUACUUCUUCCUCUGUUGUUGCGUCUCCAGGGCUUUCACGACUCUUCUCUUUAGACUCUUGUUCUUCUUUCGACGAUGGCCAAUCUUGAGGGGACUUCCCAUUUUUACCGAAAACAACUGCGUUCUAUGUAUGGUCAGUAGUAACCUGACCGGGGGAAACGACAAUGGCUUUCCUUUUCAUUUCAGCACGAUCUAUGUCGAGGUUUAGGAGUUCGGUGUACUGAGGAUGAAUAUUGCUACAAUAUGAAUAGAUGUCUUUUUGUUUCCCCUUUCCUGUACACUACCAAGAAAGUAACAUAUAGAGCUCCUUGUGCUCCUGAUUAUGCCCGGAC